AUGCAUCAAACUAAAAGUUCAUAUGAUACGAAGAAAACUGAUAGAACAAGUGAUGUUAAUGAAAUUCCUAUUCAACGUGAAAGUGAUAUACGUGAUAAUAUACUAAGUGAAUCACUUAAACAUGUCACAGAUAAAGGCUGGACAAUGGAAGCUAUUCGAGCUGGUGUACGUGCAAGUAAUCAACCAACAACAGUUGAAGGAUUGUUUAGUAAUGGUUACGAUCUUGUCGAUUAUUUUAUGAGAGAUGCAAAUGCUAAAAUGGCAACUUAUAUGAGUGAAAAAGCAAAAAGCGGAGAGAAACAAGGCAGUCGUUUACUUAUUGAUGCUCUUAAAUAUCGAAUUGGUCUUGUUGUACCUUAUGCCAACACAUGGGAUCAGGCAUUAGCACAAGGAGCUUUACCUCAAAAUGCAAUGCGUGGUUGGAAAAAUAUUUUAGAUCUAUCAAGUGAUGCCUGGCAUGGUGCUGGUGAUACAUCUACUGAUAUUAACUGGUAUUCAAAACGACUUAUACUUGCUGCUAUUUAUAAAAGUGCAGAGAUUUAUAUGCUUCAAGAUCAAUCUCAAGAUAAAAUCGAUACAAUGAACUUUUUAGAAAGACGUUUAGGCGAUUUUCAAACUCUUGGUUCCGUUCGAAAUUCAAUGUCAAAAUCUGUAUCGGAUGCUGGUCAAAUAGCUAGUGGACUUUUCUCAGUGGUUCGCAAUUUAACUUCUCGUCGUUAA